GCGGCUUCUGUUGGGUCAGUGGCGUGCGGAGGUUCUGUCGCGCGCCCUUGUCCUGCGGCGUUCGGGUGGGGGCCGCUGGCGGCGGGGCUCGCGCCGCGCACGCGCCCCUGCUCGCCCUCCCGCCUCGCGCCCUCAGGGUUCUCCCGCCCUCCCCCUCCUCCUUCCCCCCUCCCCCCAGCUCCCGGCUGGCCCGGGGGGACCGUUGCCCUGAGUUCCACGGCGGCUCCUCCGGACUCUUCGCCCGGGCCGUCUCCCGAGCCCGGAGCCGGCGGCAGGAUGAAACACCUGCCUUAUUUCUGCCGGGGUAAAGUGGUGAGGGGCUUCGGACGCGGCUCCAAGCAGCUCGGCAUCCCCACAGCUAACUUUCCAGAGCAAGUAGUAGAUAAUCUUCCAUGUGAUUUCUCUACCGGAAUUUACUAUGGUUGGGCCUCUGUUGGAAAUGGAGAUGUCCAUAAGAUGGUUUUAAGCAUAGGAUGGAACCCAUACUACAAGAAUACUAAAAAAUCUGUGGAAACUCACAUUAUACAUACCUUCAAAGAGGACUUCUAUGGGGAAAUCCUUAGUAUAGUCAUCACUGGCUACAUCAGACCAGAGAGAAACUUUAGUUCAAUUGAUGCCCUUAUUUCAGCAAUUCAGGAUGAUAUUGAAGAAGCUAAGCGACAGCUGGAUUUACCAGAACAUUUGAAACUCAAAGAAGAUAAUUUCUUCCAUAUGCCAGAAAGCAAAAUAAUGAAUGGCCACUGAUCAAAAGUCAUUUUAUUUACUUGUUUAUUUUUUCCCUUGUAUUCCAGUACUCUUUAUCAUUGCUGCAGCCUUGUAUUUGCUUAGAUUAAGAAUUUUUCCGAUAGUUGUGAAUUAGUUUAUACAAUACAAAGUAGUUGCCAUUUUAUGCUUAAUGUUACAUUAAACCCAUCAUGUAGCAGUACCAAAAAGAUUCUUUUAAAAAUCAAGAUUUUUUUAAUGUUGAACUAUACAAAAGCUUCAUGAAACACACUACAGUAAAAGCAGAGAGCAUAACAGGAUCUUAAGGUUUUUUUUAUGAUGGAAAUAUAUGUUUAUAAGUAAAAACUGACUGGUUUAGCUCUAAGUCAUUUACUGCAGAUGAGACUAGAGGUCAUUCUAGUGGCUACAGAUUCUCUGUAAUACUUCUCACUUCCAACUAACUGCUGUUAGACCUGGAUGCCAUGGAGAAAUAAAAUGUGCAUUGUGUGAAGCUUUGGCAGUCUAAUGCCCUAAAAGGAAGAAACGGUAGAAUUUGUGUUUUGACAUGUGUAGCGUAAUAUAUUUUGUUAAAGAUGAGAUUUUGUGAAACUUCAUUUUAUUUGGGAUUAUUUAUUAAAAGGAAGUUUCUGAUUAGGGUCAUUGUUGCACUGUUUUCCAUUUUAUAUUUAUUUUCAUGCCCUGAAUUCUAAGGGUUUUUGAAUUUUAAAUAGUUCAGAACUAUAGCUCUCAAAUUUCCAUGUUUUUCUGUUUCAUUAUAGAUGGUAUUGUUUGUAUUCAAAAUUAUUUGAACCUUCUUUUAUUCCUUAAACUUUGAUUUCUUUCUCUUCAUAAUAUUUCCAGUUUAUAUUUAUAGUGAAGUAUCCAGUCCUUUCCCUGCACUACCAUUAACUCUGAACAAUAAUAGAUAUGCAAAGAUUAUUGGAUUCCACUUCAGAAAAACAACUUUUGAACAUUGCAACAACUCUAGUUUUUAAAGUAACUCAUUAAAGGGGGGGCGGAGGGGGGGGGAAUACUCAGAAUUAACCACUUGGAUAGAAAAAGCCUAAGUUCAGCUGAUGUUUCCCAAAGGGAAAACAUUUAAAGGCCAAUUAAAUUAUAGAACAUAUUUUUAAAGUUAUUUAACUUAUUUUAAAUGUAAUUAUGUAUGUUAAGCAUGUGUAAGCUCUGCUGUAAUUGUAUAAUUACAAUGUUAAUGCCCAUCUUACUAAUACUUGUAACUUGAAAAAGGAUUUGGGAGGUUUGUAGGUUAAAAUUUUCUUUAAAUCUUCCCCCUUGAAUCCCAUGUACUUUUCUACUUUCUAAAUAAACACCUGAAUUUUUUGACAUGA